AUUGGAAUUGAUGGCAUUACCCUCGAAGGGGGAGGUCAAUUAGUCCGCAUUGCGCUUGGACUAUCAGCUCUAACAGCAAUCCCGAUCCAUAUCUCCAAUAUUCGGGGGAAAAGACCACGAGGAGGAGGGCUGAAGCAACAGCAUCUUAGCGCUGUGAAAUGGCUCGCGCAAUGCUGCUCUGCGGAGAUGGGCGGCGCCGAAAAUAAGAGCAAGCAUUUGGAGUUCAUCCCGUCACAGGACAAGACAGUCGGUUCCAUCGAUGUGUCCUGGCCGUCUGAGAUUGACAUCGGCGGCGCCGGCAGCAUAGGACUUGUAUUCCAGGCCAUCCUUCCCUACAUCCUAUUUCGAACCCGCCCUGGAGCGGGUGGUCAUGGAAAUCAAGUUCAUGUCACCAUUAAAGGCGGGACGAACACUUCUUUUUCCCCAUCUUACGACUAUAUUGCCCAGGUGCUUCUACCGACUCUGGAGAAAAUAGGAAUACCGCACAUUCGGGCAUCUUUGGACAGGCGAGGAUGGUCGACAGGGCCUAUUGAUAUCGGCGGCGUGACUUUCUCAAUCACACCAUUUGCCGAGGGGGGAUUUCUCCGCCCUUUCGACCUGAAGGACCGAGGGGACAUCGUACGAUUCGAGGCUAGAGCAAUCAUACCACGAGAUUGCGAGGCAAGGUUCCGGGAAGAACUAAACGAAGGAAUCACGAGAUUAUCCAAGGAGGACGCCGAAGUCGACCUGGAUGUACAGGUUGAGGAGAGUGGUCACCGCACACGGCUGUACUUCCUUCUUGUCGCUGUAUCAGAGAAUGGCUACCGUCUGGGUCGUGACUGGUUGUAUGACCACAAGAUCAAAGAUGCUGGCGUAGCAAUAUCGAAGCUGGUCAAACAAGUCACGAAGGAACUGAGGCAGGAGCUUUACCAUGGCGGUUGUGUGGACGAGUAUAUGCGUGAUCAGCUGGUGGUAUUCCAAGCUUUGUCGAAGGGCACUAGUCGGGUCGAUGUGGGUCGGAGCUCGAAUGGGGAACCUGUUCCUGCAAGUUUGCACACGGAGACGGCAGAAUGGGUUGCGGCAAAACUUCUGGCCGCGGAAUUCGAUGACCAUGGUAUGUGCCGAGGGCGAGGUUAUGUU